UUGACAUCGCGCGCUUUCUCUCUCUCGCUCUGCAUUACUGCAAAAGUUGUACAGCAGAAAUGGAAGUCUCUUCCGUACAAAUGCUCUAUACACAUCUCAUUUUCUGCGCUGUUCAACGAUGCCGCUUAGCCGAUGAUCUCUGCAGAUUAUCCAUUAAAUUGACUUCCUUUUCUCGAUUUGGAUGCCCGAUCGUUCGAAUUUCAGUUUCUGAUACUGGUGUUGGAAGCAAAUUGGAGGAAUACCAAUAUUUGAAAUACAGAAACAAUGCUGUUCUGACUAAUCAAUGGGAUGGGAUGAUUUCUCUUGCAACUACAAGCAUAUAUGAUAGUGAGAUACACAACUUAAACUUAAAUUUGAAAGAAUCUAAUUCUGCUGGGAGACUGACAAAGCUACCCUCAACUGCAAAGAAUGGUGCCAAAUUCAGCGGGACUGAAGUAUCAGUAUCAAUAUCCAAGAGCCUUGAUGACUUAUUGGCAGAGGUUACCUGCUUUCUUCAGAAGAUGAUCCUUGUGAAGAUUCCGAAAGUUGUAAUGGAACUCUUAGCUGGUGGCAAUGAUCCUUUGGGAUCACAGAUUGGAAGUCGUAUUCUGGCAAUUGAGGGAAGUUCUGCAUAUUCUCCUGUUGAAAGCAUUAAAUGCUUGGAAGUAGGAUUCAAGGAUUAUGUUCGUAAGCGCUACACUGCCUUCUCAAUUGGGGAAAAUCUGAAGGUUGGAACUGGGGUUGCUAACUCUUCUGGAAGUUCUCAGGGCAAUAGCCAGGUGGUGGAAGCUGUGGUAAUUAUCAGUGAGAUGUCAGAACAAUUCCCUUCUUCCUGCAUCAGGGAACAAGACAUGAAAACGGAGGUCUUAUAUUUCAAGGACUUUGUACCUUGUUCUAAUACUCAGUCGUCCGUUGAUGCAUUGACAAGCAUCAACUGGAAAAAUUAUGGGUUGGCUCUACGAAGCAUUGCAGAUCAUGAUGGUUGUGUAAUGCUGGAAUGGGAGAACCUGCCACAAUAUUUUCACGUUCAUAUUGCCAUCCAUUGUUACCAUAGACAGGUGAAACAGUUGGUUGCACAAAACAGUAUAGCUGAUCGAAAUCUUGCUAGAAAAGCUGUCAAGUGUGCUUUGGAUGACUUAAAGGAAAAUAAUCAAGGGGUUCUCCUAAGUACACGUGCACUUAAGAUUUGUGAUUAUGCACCUGACCUUGCAAAAACUCUUGCUCGCCUGAUCUUAUCCUCGAAUGACUUGAACUUCCAAGAAGAAUGCUGUUCUCUUCUCGGAGUGCAGUCUCAAGAGGUUAACAUGGAUAAUGUUGGAAAUUGCAUCAGGGAUAAGAUAGUUUCAGUCAUCGGAUUAAAUGAUCGUAACCCCCAGAAGCAUAAAGAUGCCCCAAGUUUCCUCUUUGAAGAUGAUUAUUUCCAGAAAGAGGAUUUGAUGGACGAGGAAUAUCAAGAAGAUGAAGAAGCUUACAACUCUUUGGAUCUAUAGAAAGCUAGAAGCAUUGUUACAUAUCCAAUUAUUAGUUACUACUUUGUCAUGCCAUAUGGUUAAUCACAAUCAAUCUCUGCCAUGUUAUAUUACUUUUAUUGAGGGAUAGACGGCUUUAUAUGACAUGAGAUUUUGUGAAUUGAUGUGAGAAUAUGUAUUAACAAACUAUAGUUAACUGAUAAUGAUGAUGUGAGAAUGUGUUUU